AUGCCAUUUACUGUGGUUGGCGAUCACGCGGCUCCACAAUUCUCCUCGUACGACAUUGAAAUUUUAUUCGCCACUAAACACAACAUAAAGAGUACAAGAAGUCAAUACGCAGUGACUACUACCCAAUUUUUCACCAAUAUCUUCAUUAUGUCUACAAGAUUGUUUUAUGCCGACUCAGAGGCUCCAAUUGUCUCAUUAUCAGCCAAAAAACACUUUGAUCAAUUAUCAUCACCCAAUUUACAAAAAUAUGCACACCAUUUGUCAAGAGCUUCAUUUCAUGGUUCAAGAGCCGUAUUAGAUUCAGUGUCUCCCGAGAGUCCUUAUAUUUAUGACUUUAUUUUACUCAUUCAUGAGAAAUUGAACCAACCACAUUCAAAUCAAGAGUACAUUGAUAAAUUGUCGGGGAUUGGCAAACAAGAUGUGACUUAUUACUUGGAAUAUGCUGCUCAAUUCUUGGACAAUUUGGGUAAUUAUAAGUCCUUUGGUGAUAGGAAGUUUAUUCCCAGGAUUGAGAGGGAGAAAUUUUGUCAAUUGGUCGAGAAGGUCAACGAUAAGGAUGUAUCAGAUUUAUACAACAAGGUGGAGCAUCAAAUAUACGACACUGACCGAGGAUUAUUGGGGUAUCCUGACCACGAUCUUUUGUCAAACUAUUACCCACAUAGUGCAAACAUCACCAAAGAUGAGAUCGACGCCGUAAAUAAAGCUUUAUCUUCAGCAGGAAUCAUGCCAGAGAAUACCAGAGUUGUAAAAGGUGAAAAUUCAUACACAGUUCUUGUUGCAUCAGCCGAAUCAGAGGACAUUUACUCAAAAUUAAACUUGCAAACCGACGAUGGCUCAAAAAUUGUGUUUCAAUUUGGUGAUCAUGCAAAGGACUUUACCAAGAUUGUUCAAGAAUUGGAGAAUGCUUUGCCUUAUGUUGCCAACGAAACACAAAAGAGACUCAUCACAUACUAUAUUGAAUCAUUCAAGACGGGUUCAAUGGCAGCUCAUAAGAAGUCACAAAUUGAAUGGGUUAAAGAUUUAAAGCCCGAAGUUGAAUCGAAUAUCGGAUUCAUUGAGACUUACAGGGACCCAUCUGGUGUACGUGGUGAAUGGGAAGGGUUAGUCGCUAUGGUUAAUCAUGAACGUACUGCAAAGUUCUCCCAAUUGGUGGAGAAUGCUGGGAAAUUUAUUGCCCAAUUACCAUGGGACAAAUUUUACGAAAAGGAUACUUUUACUCCACCUGAUUUCACAUCAUUGGAAGUGUUGACUUUUGCUGGAUCUGGUGUUCCUGCAGGUAUCAAUAUCCCUAACUACGAUGAUGUCCGGUUAAAUUAUGGAUUCAAGAAUGUUUCUCUUGGAAAUGUUCUCUCUGCAAACCCCAAAAACCCUAAAAAGGAAGAAAUCAUUACCUUUAUUGAAGACCAAGACUUGUUCAAGAAAUGGAGAGAUGAUUCAUUUGAAGUUCAAGUGGGAUUGCAUGAGUUAUUAGGACAUGGAAGUGGUAAGUUAUUGCAAGAAACCGAACCAGGAAAAUUCAAUUUCGAUAAACUGAAUACCGAUAUCAAAUCAUACUAUAAGCCUAACGAAACUUGGGCUGGCGUUUUUGGUGCCAAUAGUGGAUCCUAUGAAGAAUGUCGUGCUGAAUUAGUGGCAUUGUACUUGAUUCUCAAAGAUCCUACCCAAGUAUUACCAAUCUUUGGCAUCGAGUCUGAAAAGGAUCAAGAGGAUGUCAUGUACAUUGCUAGUUUAUUAAUGAUUCGUGCUGGUUUAUUAGGAUUGGAAUACUGGGACCCAGAAGCUAAGAAAUGGGGUCAGCCACAUAUGCAAGGACGAUUUGCCAUCAUGAAACAAUUGCAUAAAGCCGGGGUAUUUGAAUUUAAAUCAUCUAAUCCAGAUUAUUCCGAUUUGAAGAUUGUUGUUGAUAAAUCUAAGCUCCAUGACGGAACUGCUGUUGAUGCUCUUGGUGAAUUUUUGGGUAACUUACAUGUUUACAAAUCGACAGCUAAUGUAACUGAAGGAUUAAAGUACUAUCUUGAAAAGAGUAAUGUUGAAGAUGGAUAUGCCAAGUUCAGGGAUAUUGUCAUUAAGGAAAAGAAACCAAGAAAGAUUUUGAUUCAAGCUAACACUGUGUUGAAAGAUGACGGAAGUGUUGAAUUGAUUGAAUAUGAAGAAAGUGAAACUGGCAUGAUUGAAAGUUAUUACGACAGAAGAGUUUAG